ACCAUCAAAAUUAAAUUAUGUACAUUUUAUUUUAAAUAUUAAUACUGUAUAGUAAUAACCAAAAGUAGUUCUUCAUGAAUAACCCUCUUGACAAUACCAUGCAACUUUCCCGAAUCAUCGUCCCUGGACACCACGAAACACGCCCUUCAUCACAACAUCAAUAAUAAUUCGUCGUUCUUCACUCUCCACUGCCCUCCCCAUUUCUCCAACACUGUGCCAAACCACCUCACGCGCCAUUCGGAGAUUCACAAGCCUCCAAUGGCCGAAUCGCCUCCUCUCCCAAUCUCCACUCCACACGCCCACACUGCCCCAGCCACUCCCCCGAUCGCCACAUUCGCAUUCCGCGCCUUCAUCCCCCGCCUCAGCUCCUCCCUCCGCCAAGGCUUUUCCGACCGCCGCCCCUGGUCGGAGCUCCUCGAUCGGAGCUCAUUUGCCCGACCCGAAUCCCUCUCCGACGCAUACUCCCGGAUCCGCAAGAACGCUUCCUACUUCCGCGUCAACUACGUAACCCUAAUCGCACUCGCACUUGCUCUCUCACUCGUCACUCACCCUUUCUCUCUCCUCGUGCUUCUCUCUCUCCUCGCCGCGUGGUCCAUCCUCUACCUAUUCCGCCCCUCUGACCAGCCACUCCUCCUCUUCGGCCGUAGCUUCUCCGACCGGGAGACCGUCGCCGCCCUCGUCGUCCUCACCGUCUUUGUCGUCUUCGUCACCAGUGUCGGUGCUCUCUUGAUCUCCUCCCUCACCGUUGGUUUAGCCGUCGUGUGCUUGCACGGCGCGUUCCGUGUACCGGAGGAUCUUUUCCUUGAUGACCUGGAGCCUCGCAAUGCCGGAUUGCUCUCGUUCCUCGCCGGCGGUCCGGCCGGUUCGCGUUUGUGAGCAUAGGGUUCUGGAUUGUCUCGGAGGUUUUGUUCUGAUUAAUUAGUUGAACUUGUAGCUUCUUUCAUUUUAGGUAAUUGGUAAUUUUCUUCUUAUACCACUAUUCAUAUACAUAUAUGUAGAUGGCAAUUAUUGCAACUUGACAAGUUUUAUGAUCUCAAUUAAUGAAGUUUUGGUAUCAUUUUUUCUUUA